AUGGCCCCCUGGUGCUACUGUCUCCUCCUCACUCUCCUGAUAACGAGUCUCUUUGGGACCCCUUCCAACUCCCCAGGUGAAUCAAGGAACCCUUGGGUUACAGCUCCACUGGCCCCCGGAGAAGUAGUGGAGACUGCCGACAAGGUGUGCAAGUUCUCUGGGCAGCGGCUGAACUGGUGGCAGGCCCAGGAGUCCUGUGAGCAGCGGUUUGGCCACCUGGUACUGCCACCUCCAGAUGGGGUCCUUGCUCCACGGCUGCCCAACCCCAUCUGGGUGGGCCAAAGAGAGAGCCCUCUGCGAAGACCCCCGCAGAGGCGCGCGCACACCACUGCGGUGCUGAGGUUCGGUGAGAGGACGGCGGACAGGGCAGCGCGGCUUCGGAAGCCCCUGCCUGCACUCGGGGCGCUGACGGCGUGCGCCCACGUGCAGUGGGACGCCGCCUCGCCUGACACGGCCGCGCUCUUCUCCCUCGCGGUGCCAGCGCUGGCCAACGCGCUGCAGCUGCGCGCCUUCGCCGAGCCGGGCGGCGCUGUGCACUUGGCGCUCGUGGUACGCGGGCACCACGCGCCCUUCCGCGCUGCCUUCCGCGCGGAUGGCCACUGGCACCACGUGUGCGCCACGUGGGAGCAGCUGGGCGGGCGCUGGGCGCUGUUCGCCGACGGGCGGCGGCGCGCCGGGGCGCGGGGUCUGGGCGCCGGCCACCCGCUGCCACCUGGCGGCAUCCUCGUGCUGGGCCAGGACCAGGAUUCUCUGGGCGGCGGCUUCUCUGCGCGUGACGCCUUCAGCGGCAACCUUACUGACUUCCACCUAUGGGCCCGGACCCUGAGCCCCGCGCAGUUGAACAGGGCACGGUCCUGCGCGCCGCCUCUUGGCGGCUUGCUCUUCCGCUGGGAUCUGGACGCCCUGGACGUCACACCUUCGCUGCUGCCGCUGGUGUGGGUGCGGCUUUUCUGUCCAGUGCCCUCAGAGGAGUGCCCUACGUGGGACCCAGGACCCCGCACCGAGAGCCCUUUGCUCUGCCUGCAGCAGCUGCCCUUUCUCUGCUGCUAUGGGACAGAGAACUACCUGCGGCUGCAGGAAGCCCAGUCAUGGCCUGGCCAGGAUGUUAUCAGUCAAGUCAACGCCUUGGCCAAUGCCAUUGUGCUCUUCCCGGACCCUCUCUCCGAAGGGUAUGGGGACCUGUCCCCAGCCGAGGCCUCCAGCUUCCUGGGUAUCCUGGAGAGAGUCCUGGCCAAGGAGGCAGCUCCCCUGGGGCCCGCCGCACUGCUGGCUGUCGUGCACUUCCUGAAAAGAGUGGCAGCCCUCGGGGCCUGGGAGCCAGAGCCUGGGACAGGGCCGUGGGAGCAGCUGGGCCAGGCCGUUGUGUCUGUGGCCAGCCUGGUCCUGGAGGAGCCACUGGCCAGUGCAUGGCUGAAAGUCGGCGAGGUGGUAGGUGGACCCAUGGCCCUGGUGGCGAGUGUGCAGCGCCUGGCACCCCUGCUAAGCAGCGUGCUGACCUCUGAGCGGCCCCGAAUGCACCUCCAGCACCGCCAGGCUGGCCUGGAGCUGCAGCGGCUGCACCUGAGGGAGGCGGGCCCGGAGGGUUCCAUAUUCACGAUGCCCGGUGGGCACCCAGAGGGGCCUGGCCACAUCUGCAUCCCUGCUGGUGAAGUAAGGCGGCUCCUCGGGAAAGGCCUCUCUGGAGUCACCGUGAUCCAGAGCUGGUUCAGCUCAAGUGUCUUCAAGCACAUGCCAGGGGCCCCCGGCCAAGGGCCCCCAGCCCCUGACAGCUCUGAAGAGACAAGCAGAAUGCAGAGGUUCCUAAGCACCCAGGUGGGGUCAGCCAUCAUCUCCUCUGAGGUGUGGGAUGAAGCCGGGGAGGUCAACACAGCUGUGACCUUUCAUCUGCAACACCAGGUCCAGAGCCCUCUGUUCCCUACUCACCCAAGCCCAGACUUAGGGGGCUCCUGGGCCACCAGUGGCUGCUCUGUGACCGCCUUGUACCGGGACUCGACUGCCUGCUUCUGCAACCACAGCACCAACUUUGCCAUCCUGUUGCAGGUGUAUGACGUCCAGAGAAGCCCUGAGGAUGAGUCACUGCUGAGGACACUCUCGUUUGUGGGCUGCGGUGUGUCCUUCUGCGCCCUCGCCACCACCUUCCUGCUCUUCCUGGCAGCUGGGGUCCCCAAGUCAGAGCGAGCCACUGUCCACAAAAACCUCACCUUCUCCCUGGCCUCCGCCGAGGGCUUCCUGAUGGCCAGUGAGUGGGCAAAGGACAAUGAGGUGGCAUGUGUGGCCGUCACAGCUGUGAUGCACCUGCUCUUUUUGGUCGCCUUCUCCUGGAUGCUGGUGGAGGGGCUGCUGCUGUGGAGCAGGGUGGUGGCUGUGAGCAUGCGCCCGGGCCCCCGGAUGAGGCUCUACUACGCCACGGGCUGGGGUGUGCCUGUGGUCAUUGUGGCCAUCACCCUGGCCACGUCCCCCCGAGACUAUGUGGCCACCGGGCACUGCUGGCUCAAUGUGCAAACAGACACCAUCUGGGCCUUCGUGGGGCCCGUGCUCUUCGUGCUGACCGCCAACACCUGCAUCCUGGUCCGUGUCGUGAUAGUCACCGUGUCCAGUGCCCGCCGCCGGGCCCGCAUGCUGAGCCCGCAGCCCUGCGUGCAGCAGCAGCUCAGGAUCCAGAUGUGGGCCACGGUGAAGCCGGUGUUGGUCCUGCUGCCCGUCCUGGGCCUGACCUGGCUGGUCGGCGUGCUGGUGCACCUCAGCCCGGCCUGGGCCUACGCCGCCGUGGGCCUCAACUCCUUCCAGGGGCCGUACAUCUUCCUGGUCUAUGCCGCCUACAAUGGGGAGGUCCGGAGCGCCCUGCAGAGGAUGGCUGAGAAGAAGGCAGCAGAGGCCUUCCCGGCUUGCUCCAGUCCCGUGGGCCCAGGAUUCCACCCUGGGCCCUCAGGCCCCUGGGAGAUGGCCCGGGACAACCCUGUGGUCUUGGCUCCCCCCCGAAGACACCUGGCUCUUAGAGGAACUCACAGCCCCAGAAACCCCACAACCUUCUCCUCCAUCGCAGAACCCGAGAGACCGGUGGCCUCGUUUCUCAGUUACCAGGCAGAAGGGUGUGGGAACAGCCGGGAAGAGCUGACCCCGUGCUGGCAGACCCCGAGUCCCAAGGCCCCUGAGGUGGAGGAGUCGUCCCCAAGACAGCCAAGGGGUCCCAGGGCCAGGGGCGCGGAAGGCGUGGCGGCCACCCCACUGAUGGACCCCCCGUGUCCCAGGUCCUCAGCAUCUCAGCUUCCCCUUCUGCAAAAUGGGCUGGAGGCGCCCCCUGCAGGCCUGCGGGGAAGGCGCAAGCACCCAGCUGUUGGUGGGCGUUCUGAGGGGGCCGAGCGGCACCUCCCAUCACCCCCCACCUCGGCUCCCAGCGCCCCCCGCCCCCGCCCCCGCACAGCGUCUGUGGGAACAAGAGAGCGGCAGCGGCGCCUCUGCACUCAAGCGACAGCGCCUUUGUCUCCGCUGAAUGGGUGCGUUGCUAAGGCCGCUCGUAGCAACGGAGCCGCUUCCAUCACGGCCUCUCCGAGGGACCCCCAACUCUCCCCGCCCUCUGGAUGCCCCGGCCCCCCCACCCCCCGCCCCACCACGCGACCCAUUCGGGUGGCCUGA